AUGGAAACUUUUUCUAGGUUAUUCAAGAAUUUAGAUAUAAAAGGAUUGCAAACUUAUAAUCCUAUAAAAUAUAAAAGGAGAGUAAUUGAAAUUAAAAUACCUGAAAUUAAGAAAUACUACUUUAAUAGAAUGUUCAAUACCACAUAAACAUAACCUUAACUUUUCUCAACCUAUGUCUUGAGCGUAUAAUCAUAGCAUAGACAAGUAAAGGAAAUAAGGUUAAAACAAUAAGUAGUAUAAUGA